AUGAACCUCGUGGGCAGCUACGCACAUCAUCACCACCAUCACCACCAUCACCAUCCGCACCCCGCGCACCCCAUGCUCCACGAGCCCUUCCUCUUCGGCCCUGCCUCGCGCUGUCACCAGGAGCGGCCCUACUUCCAGAGCUGGCUGCUGAGCCCCGCUGACGCCGCCCCGGACUUCCCCGCCGGCGGGCCACCGCCCGCAGCCGCGGCAGCCGCCGCCUCCUACGGUCCAGACGCCAGGCCCGGCCAGAGCCCCGGGCGGCUAGAGGCGCUCGGCGGCCGCCUGGGCCGGCGGAAAGGCUCAGGACCCAAGAAGGAGCGGAGACGCACAGAGAGCAUUAACAGCGCGUUCGCGGAGCUGCGCGAGUGUAUCCCCAACGUGCCGGCGGACACCAAGCUCUCCAAGAUCAAAACUCUGCGCCUGGCCACCAGCUACAUCGCCUACCUGAUGGACGUGUUGGCCAAGGACGCACAGGCCGGCGACCCCGAGGCCUUCAAGGCCGAACUGAAGAAGGCGGAUGGCGGCCGCGAGAGCAAGCGGAAAAGAGAGCUGCAGCAGCACGAAGGCUUUCCUCCUGCCCUGGGCCCAGGCGAGAAGAGGAUUAAAGGGCGCACAGGCUGGCCGCAGCAAGUCUGGGCGCUGGAGUUAAACCAGUGA